AUCUUCCCAUAUUAGCCAACAAAAAUCUUAAAAUCCCAAAAAGCGAAAACAAUCUCUCUUCUUACUCAAGAUAAUGAGUGAGCCGAAUCGGGUACCCAAAUCCAUGACCCGACCCGUCGGAGGAACGGAGUACAGCUGGUGCAGAGCGAUUGACGGCGGCACAGGUAUCGCCGUCAUAGCUCUGUUACUUUCCCGAACACCAAAACUCCAAAAUCUCCAAAACACCCUCGACAAACUCCAGAUUUACCAUCCCACCCUCCGUUCCAACAUCCGUUUCGACGCAUCCGCUAACUCCUUCUCCUUCGUCGUAACGUCCGCCGCCGAUUCCCGCGUCGAAAUCCAUCCCUUUGAUUCCGAAUCUACGGCUCAGAUUAUCCGAGACAGCGACGAUCCAUGCGCUGAUCCACACAGGAUCAUCCUAGAACACGAGCUUAACAAAAACACGUGGAUCAAUCCACACCGUUGGAUCAACUCCGAGUCACGUGUCUUCAUCGUCAGUCUCUACGAUCUAACCGACGACGGAGCACAACGGAUACUUGCAUUUCGGCUAAACACGGCGGCUGUCGAUCGUACUGCGGCGGUUACGCUUCUGAGAGAGUUUAUGAAAGAGACGGCAGCUGAUGGUUGCGGAAACGGUCCCGUGGCGGCGCCGGAGACGACGGCGGGAUUAGGUUAUCCGAUAGAGGAGCUGAUUCCGAGUGGUAAAGGGAAUAAACCGUUCUGGGCGCGUGGAAUCGACGUGCUUGGUUACUCGUUGAACGCUUUUCGGUUUACGAAUUUGAAUUUCGUGGACGCAGAGAAUUCGAAUCGGAGAUCGCAAGUGGUGAGGUUGAAAUUGGAAAGAGAUCAGACUCUCAAACUUGUGGCUGGAUGCAAGGCAAGAGGUUUAAAGCUAUGGGCGGCAUUAGCCGCGUCGGGGCUAAUCGCUGCGUAUUCCUCGAAGAAUCUACCGCCAUACCAAGGAGAGAAAUACGCUGUGGUGACUCUUUCGGAUUGUCGUUCCAUUCUUGAACCUCCUCUUACUUCAAAUGACUUUGGUUUCUAUCACGCAGGGAUCCUUCACACACACGAUUUAACUGGAGAAGAAACGCUCUGGGACCUAGCAAAAAGAUGCUACGACUCGUUCACAUCCGCAAAGAACUCGAACAAGCAGUUCACCGAUAUGUCGGAUCUCAAUUUCUUAAUGUGCAAGGCCAUAGAGAAUCCUAAUCUCACUCCUUCCUCGUCCUUGAGAACCGCUUUCAUCUCCAUAUUUGAAGAUCCUGUUAUCGACGAGUCUCCAGAGCCUGAAUUGGCUUCUGUUGGGGUGCAGGAUUACAUCGGAUGCGCAUCUAUCCACGGGGUUGGACCGUCGGUUGCGGUUUUCGAUGCGCUUAGGGACGGGAAAUUGGACUGUGCGUUUGUGUAUCCUUCGCCGUUGCAUUCAAGAGAGCAGAUGGAUGGGCUGAUUCAACAUAUGAAAACUAUUCUUUUGGAAGGAUCUGCUUCUUCCUUUUGAUUUGUGUUUUAACAAUCAAAAACUCUCUCAUUUGUCCAGAGGCAUAGAUGGUCUCUGUAAAAAAUAGUCAAAACAAAU